CUGUACGGCGGUGAAAAAAAAAACAUUAUGAAGAAACCUGCAUGUGUGAGAAUUUUAGGUAUGAAACGAAGUAUUACUCCUGAUAUAAUGGACUCGGAAACAAAAAAUCGUCCAAUAUCUCCAUCACUCUUACGGCCUACAAGGUACAAUAUAAAAGAAGAUAAGAAUAAAGCACGUUUAAGGGUCCAAACUAAGUCUGAAUGUUGUGCAACUUACAUCAACGACGAUAGAAGGAAUGAAUACUUUGCCCAAUUACUAACUGAAGAACUAAAAUAUAUUAACCCAUGUAUGAAAACAAGAUGUUACAUCAAAAUACUAAACUUUUUGAAUGAAGUGAAAAAUUACCACACAAAUCAAAUAGAGGUAACGGACACGGAAAGAAUAUAA